UGUGUGUGUGUGUGCGUGUGGGGGGGCUCCACAGUAGGUGAAGCCGCUCGCUUCGUGCCACCAUAACUGAAGCAGGUGUCCACCAUGGCGCACGCAGGCUGCGGCUCUUUGGCGACUAUUCUCUUUUUAUUCAUCUUUCAGGCGGCUGUUCUCCAAGGAGCCGCACAGAUUCCAGUGGUGAGUCAGAACCUGGUGACGGACAACGUGUCGGUGGUAGAGGGCGAGAUGGCCAUCAUCAGUUGUCGGGUGAAGGAUAACGACGACUCGGUCAUCCAGCUACUCAACCCCAACAGACAGACCAUUUACUUCCGAGACAUGAGGCCGCUAAAAGACGCUCGCUUCCAGCUGGUCAACUUCUCCGACAACGAGCUGCGAGUGUCGCUGUCCAACGUGUCGCUCUCAGACGAGGGCCGCUACGUUUGCCAGCUGUACACCGACCCGCCGCAGGAGGCCUACGCCGACAUCACCGUGCUGGUGCCCCCAGGUAACCCCAUGAUCGAUGCCCGCGAAGAGGUCCUGAGCGAGGGCAACGAAACGGAGAUGACCUGCACCGCCAUGAGCAGCAAGCCCGCCGCCACCAUCAGAUGGAUGAAGGGCGAUAAGGAGCUCCCAGGAAAGCCCAAGGUGGAGUUGACCUACGACAGGAUGUACACGGUAACGAGCCGUCUCACAUUCACCGUCAACAAAGAGGACGACGGCGUACCGGUUGUUUGCAUCGUGGAUCACCCCGCAGUCAAAGACUUCCAAGUACAGAAAUACCUGGAAGUUCAGUACAAGCCUGAGGUUAAGAUCAUGGUCGAGUUUCCUCAGGGUCUGACGAGGGAAGGAGAGAACCUGGAGCUGACGUGCCAGGCUAAAGGCAGACCUCAGCCACAACGAGUCAACUGGGUGAAGGUGGACGAUGAUGUGCCGUCCCACGCCGUCAUCACCGGCGCAGACCUUUACAUCGAAAACCUCAACAAGUCCUACAACGGAACAUACCGCUGCGUGGCGGCCAACUCGUUGGGGGAGUCGUACGACGACUACAUCCUCUACGUCUACGAUGCUCCCACCACCACCCCCAAACCCACCACUGCCACCAUCUUCAUCAUCACUUCCUCCUCCCUCCACCCCGAAGCCAGUCAAGACACUGCGCCCAGCACUGAACCUGCAGCUCAUGAUUCUCGAGCCGGUGAGGGAGCCCCCAGAACGGUGGACCACGCGGUGAUCGGGGGAGUCGUGGCUGUGGUGGUCUUCGCCAUGCUCUGUCUACUCAUCGUCUUGGGACGUUACUUCGCCAGGCACAAAGGUACCUACUUCACACACGAAGCCAAAGGGGCGGACGACGCGGCCGACGCCGACACGGCCAUCAUCAACGCCGAGGGCGGCCACACCAACUCCGACGAAAAGAAGGAGUACUACAUCUAAUCAAAGCAGGACCCCGACACCUUCAGCGUCCUCUUUAGGGCGCGGUUGUUUCUGGGGGGACUCGGGGAUUGGGGGGGGGGGGGGGGGGGGGGGGGGGGGGGGGGGGUUAGAGGGGAUCUGAAAUGGUCACCUUAAUGGGUGGGAGGCGCGAGAAAAAAAAAGCAGUUUGUCUAGUCUCGUCCGCAAAUGUAGGUUGGAAUGUUUUAUGUGUUGUAGGGAAAAGAAAUCAAAAGGACGGUUUUUAAGAUGCGGACAAGAGGAGGACGGUGGGGGUGGGGUGGGGUGGGGUGGGGGGGGGGGUCAGAGAGCUUCACCGUUCAGCACCUACCUAACGACAUGUUUAUUUUCUUGUUGAUGUUGUCGAGUCCCCGACCGUUUGCAGAAAAUUCUGUGCCUUGUUCGGAUUUUUUUUCGUGGCGUUCACAAGCUCCCACCUUGGGUUUCUGUAGAGGGUACAAAAAAAAAAUGACAGCCACCCCCCCCUCCCGCUCGUCCCCAACGACUACCGCCACCGCUUCCUCUUUAACGUCAAAACACUUCAUAACAAUUGAGUAUACUGUGAUAUAUCUGCGACUCGGUUAUGUCCCACCCCUUGGGGAAAAAUGCAAGGAAUGCGUCACCAUAUCAUUGUACAUAAUAAUGAGAAUAGUUGUAGACUGUUGAUGACCCCACCCCACCCCACCUCAACCUUCGCACUCCCUGUCAAAAAUGACCAACCACCGUCAGAGUAUAAUCAAAAAAAAGACAGCAAAAAAACAAUCUCUUUUGUUGUUUUUGAAGAAACUCAUGCUUGGUAACCUCCGCCGGCCGCACAAUGCCCACCAUGUCAUUAUGAUGAUUGCAUAUUCUGCACUGUUAUUUUCAUCCACCCCCCCACCCCCUGCUUUUUCCUCGCGACUUCUAAUUGAGUCCCGAUGGCGACACGCAACGAAAUUCCUGUUUUCCCACUGGCAUUGUAGGAAAAUUUGAAAUAUUUGCUGUUGUUUUCAUGUAGAAUGAACUCCAGCCCAUUUUGCACAUGCUGACCAAAACGAUUUGCAAUCUGUCCAGACUUGGAUUUAAUCAAACAUUUCAAAUUUGUCUUCGGAAACGGCGAGGUCCACCAAUUUGUAUAGUUUGUACAAAAGCGCUACAUUAAAUCUUUAUUUGGAAAUAUUUGUUCUUGACACUAAUUGUCAUAAUGCCGGUGGAAGGUAAACUCUCCGGGACACUAACGACUUUUUUAUUUUUCUAUGCUCCCCAUUGCUAGUGUGCUUUUUUUUUUUUUUUGGCUUAAAUUGAGUUUCCACUUGCAUGAAUGUGUUGGCUGGAUUUCUUCUCGCUCUGUUGCUUUUUUUUUUAUGUCACCUGCCAAAGCGAAACUAAAAGUUUGUAUUGUCAGUGGCGGCCAGGGAAACGCAGAGGAAUGUCAGAAUGUUUCCGGCUGACGUUGAGUUGCGCGAGUGGGAUUUUUGCAUGAUGGCGCUAGCAUCUUGAGGUCGGACCCAAGGUCCAAUCGAACGUUGUCGUUUGUUUGUCAAUGUGUUCACACAGAAAGCAGCAUGCCUAACGACAUCGCUCCCAUUCCAUUCCAAACAUUCCAUUACUAUUCAACCAAUUUGCCAUCAUGGCUGAUUAAAUGUACAUUAUUUCAUAACAUUUCGCAAUCACAACAAUGUUUUUUUCUAUUUUGAAACAAAUUGUAAUUUUACAAAGUUAAUACACUAAAGUACGCUGAAAACGACCGUAAAUUUCUUUAGGUCAGAGAAAAACAAAAAAUACAUUGGGGCAAUAUUCGUGACCCUUCAACAAAAUCUCAGUUCUUCGGAAA